AUGCCAAUGUGUUGUCAAGCUCUGCCAUCGAACGAUGCAUUGCUGUCAUUACCUCUUGAGGAAAUACCGAGAAAUACGGAGCUCAAGAUUGAAAAAAAAUAUGUUGGAGCAAAAACAGAGACAUUCACAUUGGCUACGCUAAUUGAGGAACUAAACAGUAGCAGUGUCGCUGAUGUUGGAGCUAGUUCUGUAGCAUUCGUAAAUCAAGGAGCAACGCAAAAGCAACAGGAAUUACAGACAGCGUCAAAGUUUGUGAAAAGGCUGGCUCCGUUACUAGCUGCUGGUGGCGUGGUUGGGGCUAUUGCUAUGGGUCCUGCGGCAGGAGUUAUGGCUGGAUUGAAUAUGCUGCUUGCAAGUGUAGGUACAGAAACGAUGAUGGCGGGGAUUGGACUUACGGCAAGUGCAGCGGCAGCAGCUACUGUUACGCAUCAGAACAAAGUGAAGACAUCACAGCGCAGAAGAGAAAGGCUAAGGAAGGGCGAGUGGGCGAUGGAGAUCUGCUGGAAUUGUAAGAAAAACUAUACCAGCGCGCCGUCGGACGAAGCUUGUCGGAAGGAUGCCGAGUUCCUUCGCCGAUUUCAGUCAUCCAAUUCUCAACAUUGCCAAGUGGAUCGCUGUGACAAGAGCGAGGAUGCUUCCAUGAAUGCUUUAUCAAGUGACGAAGGAAUUGUGGUGUUAAUGGAUACCAUACCAGAUGAUGAUGAAGUGUACCGUUUCCUAUUUAGCAUUUUUGCUUCACCCGGUGAACUUCUUGGGCAAAUGAAUGUUCAACUCUGUGAGGCUUUUCGUAAGCGCUUUACUGAUAGACAUCGAAAGAAACUGAGGCGACGAAGCUUUACUGGAAAAGCAAGCUCUGACAAAACAGUUGGAGCUCGUACAUUGGCAAAAGAUACUCUCCACGAUACCAAAAUGUACAUCGCGCACGUGCUGGGCGCGACAUUACAGUGCUUUCCAAGUUUGGCAAGCACCAUUCAAUCCGUAAGCAGCUGCACCCUUGCUGUCGAGCGUAUCAUUUACGACGACGUCCAUGCAAUGGUGUUUAGCGAGUUUCAGCAUGCGUUCAAGGAUGCAGAGACUGCGUUUGCUAACAACCUGAGGGAUAUUCGACGUGAGCAAAAGUAUCACUCGUCCGCACUACUCCAACAACGAUUUCAGAAUCAAGGUGGUAAUAGUAGCUAUUCUCAACACACUAUGCUGGCGGAAGAUCUACAGAAAGCCGAAACGAAAAUGGUUGCCAUGAUGCAAGAGACGUCUUCUCCGUUGUUAAAGUUGGUGCUUCUCUGCGAUGCUUUCCGGAGUAUUUGCUGUUUCGCCGAAAAGCUACACCAGUCAGCGUCUAACACAGACAUGUUGAUUCCCAUCUUAUGCGCGUUCCUGGUUCAAUCUCCGCGGGUGUGUCGUACCGAUACGGAUUUGGUGGCUGAAAUUGCUUUCAUAUCGUUUUUUACGAAUGGAGGGGGUAAAGGUGUCGAGGGUUAUGUCCUGACCACGUUCCAAGCGGCCAUCCAGGUAAUCGCAGCUGUUGAUCUGCCAAGUGGGCAUGCGGUGGAGCUGGAACUAUGUUUUAAUGGAGACAAAAGUGAAGCAGUUGACGAAACAAAAGACGACGAGGACGAGUUCUUUGAUGCAGUGUCUAGAAGCUCAACUGCAGAGCUGAGUGUUCCUGAUCUAAUAGGUUGCACGCACGAACAGGCAUAG